GUUUAGAAUCGACACUAGCCACAAGGUACGCACGGCGGUGGUUCGCAAACUAUCGAUUAUUCGUUAAUUUAUUCAUGUUCGCGAAUACGACGACGACGACGACGCCGCACUGGCCACCACUGUCGGUCGAUUCGGACCUCGCUCAUCGGCCGCAAACACGCGAACCGUCACGUUAUAUGCCGCGUUACAGUCGGACGAGGACCGUCCCGACGGUCGUUCUCGAGUCAUGCUAUUCGUAUGAUUCUCAAGGGCUGCCGGCAAUCCGUUGUGUACCUUCACCGCGUCCCUCAUGUCGGACGUCGACGAGGACGCGGCCGAGAAGCGGCUAAAAAUCGUGCUCGUGGGUGACUCCGGCGUCGGCAAAACUAGCAUCGUCCAGAAGUUUUGCAACAACGAUUUCACCAGGCAAUACGUACCUACCGCGGGCAUUGACUUCUUUCUUAAAAACAUCACCGUUGGCUGCUACAAAAAUGUUAAUCUACAUUUAUGGGAUGUCGGCGGACUCGCUCUGCACGGCAAUAUGCUGGACAAAUACAUUUUCGGAGCACAUAUUAUUCUCUUAGUAUACGACGUCACGAAUAGCUCGAGUUUCGAAAUAUUAGAAGAGUGGCUUAAUCAAAUAAAAAAUUUCAUCGAUACUUAUGACGAACCACCUCUAAUGGCAGUAGUAGGUAACAAAUGCGACAUGGAGCAUCAAAGGACAGUUAAGAGAGACAGGUCGCACCGAUUCGCAGCAGAAAACGGAUUUCCAUAUCACGAUAUGUCCGCGAGAACCGGAGAAUCGGUAUCUUUAUGUAUAGCAAGCUUGGCAGCGCAAGUCUUGGGCGUUCGAUUGACAAGGAUGGAUCAAGACUUUCACAAACCUAUCAUUAUCGCCGAAAUUGGAGACACGGUAGACGUGAAUUCAAUACAAAAAGUCGUAAAAAGAAUUCCCAAUAAAAAACAAAUUGCAUUCAAUCCCCAUUUUCCCUCCUCGAAAUCCGCCGUAUGUGCCUUGCAAUGAUGAUCAUCGUACACUUUUAGAAUAUUCUUUUUAUUCUAGCUGAAUAUACAUAUUUUAAUUUCGUUAGACCUAAGAUUCAACAAAGAUUGUACUACGAUGCUAGCUAUAACAGACAAUGAACACUAUAUUUCAUACGUGAUGUCAGACAAUAUUUGCACAAUCAAUAUGUAUGUUACAUAAAUUUCAUUUAAAUGCGUAUGUAUUCAUGAUAGAAUAGCACAUGUUAAGAAAGUAUUACAUUUUUUACAGCUGCCUUGCGCAUGAAUAUAUUGAAUAAUAUCUUUGUAUAUCACAUUCAUUAACUCUCAAAUUAUAUGUUGUAUGAAUAAAAAUAAAAAUAUUUUAUGUAG